AUGGCCGAGUCCAAUCAUAUUCCCGUAGAAACGGAGGACCGAGAUAAAGGGGAUGUGAUAACUGCGACAGCGACAGCGGCAGCGGCGGACGACGUGCCGCACCUCGAUCAGGACCAGCAGCAGCAGACCGGCGCAGAUUCUCCCGCGCACGAUGAUGACGACGAUACACACGCGCCGAGAAACGGAGCAUCACCGCUGCAGUACGAUGGGGAGGGAGGGAGCAGCGUCGGCGGCGCCGACUCGCCCGAUCUCAUGACGGCGUCGCGGCGGGUGGACAGCCCUAUAGAUUCGGUGCUGUCCGGGCUGGAUGAGGCAGCGUCUAUGCAGGGUUCCGUCAUGUCCUCGCCGGGAAGCAGCAUGCUCCCGUCGGUGGCCUCGCGCGCCGCGUUGGGGAGUCCGACGCCGUCGUUCCGCCCGUUCGACCGCCGCUUCAAGUCGAGGAUAUCGUCGCCCUCGUCGGGGCUGCAGAGCCCGCGGGCGUCGUCGCCGGCCUUGGUGAACUCGCACAGCCGCAACGCCUCGGUGAGCUCCAACUUCAACCUGGUGCUCGACCAGCACGACACCGACAGCCAGUCGUCGCCACCCUGGGACGUGGUACGGUGGACGAGGCUCACGAAGCUCAACGCGCAGGCCUUCUCCGAGGCCGGGAGGCGCAGCUUCGGCUCCCCAACCUGCCUCGCCGUCUCGGCCUCCAUCGUCCUCGGCACCUCCAAGGGCAUCAUCCUCAUAUUCGACUACGGCCAGAACCUCAAGAUGAUCCUCGGCCCGGGCACCAAGGCCGUCGAGUCGGGCCCCAUCACCGCCGUCGCCAUCUCGGCCGACCACUCCACCGUCGCCGGCGGUCACGCCAACGGCGACAUCUUCACCUGGGACAUGAGCCGCGCCUCGCGCCCCUUCCUCACCAUACCGCACAUCGGGCAGGCCCAGGCCGACGCUCGCACCGCCGACGGCCACGUGCCCAACGCGGCCGUCACCCACCUGGGCUUCCUGGGCAUCAGGCACACGGCGCUGGUCUCGGCCGACGAGAGGGGCAUGGCCUUCUCCCACCUGGCCACGCGAGGCACGGGCGCGCUCGGCCGCACCGUCAGGACCACCCGCAUCUUGGGCCGCUACCCCGGCGCGUCGCCUCCGCCCGGCAAGCCCAUCAAGCCCAGCACCGUCCUGGCCUUCUCCCCCCUGCCCCUGGGCAACGUCGAGCGCUCUACAGACGCCAUGGGCUUGACGGCCAUGCUCACGCCCUACCUGCUCGUCAUCGUCUCGACCACGCCUGUCGCCCAGACCCAGCACAAGUCGGCGCGGCCCAAGGACGUGGCCGCUCACAGCCCCAUGACCGGCUGUCUGGCCUGGUUCCCCGCCGUCAAGCUCAAGGUCGCCGACCCCCACACGGCCAGCGACAUCUCCAAGGUGAAGCUGGCCUACUGCUGGUCCAACGUGCUCACCGUGCUCGACGUGGACGAGGUGCACGGCGAGGACAGGGACCAGCCCCCCGCCCUGCGGUUCAAGCCGCGCAGCCGGUGGAGGUGCGAGGAGGCCAUCGCCUCGGUGCAGUGGCUCAGCCGCUCCGUCCUGACGGUGUUGACGCUGUCGCAGCGGCUGAUUGUGCUCGAGGACCGGAGCAUGCGCAUGACGGAGGCGUUCGACCUCAUCAACAGGCACGUCUACCACGCCGACCUCUUCUCCAGACAGCUGCACAGCCUGGUCGAGCAGCUGGACGACGAGGACGAGGCCAUGCACGGCGUCGUCGGCGACGCCUUUUACAUGAGCUUCAAGACCUACAAGGGGAGGAUCUUCCUGCUCGGCUUCAACGAGGUCUCCAUCGGCGCCCUGUCCAACUGGGCCGACCGUCUGAUCGCCCUCAUGGAGCACGGCGACUACAUUGCCGCCAUCCAGCUGGCCACGUCCUACUACACCGGCGACACCGACAAGCUCACCGUCGGCCUUCCCGACGACCCGUCCCUGAGGCACUCGAUGGUCAGGGACAAGAUCAUGGAGAUCAUGAGUGCCUCCCUCAAGUACGCCUUCCACCGCAGACAGCGGGAUCCGCAGAGCGCAGGGGACCAUCACCUGCGGCAGCUGGCGGAGACCUGCUUCGUGGCCUGCCAGCACGUCGGGGACACCGACUACCUCUUUGACGAGAUGUACGAGUGGUACGACGAUGCUGACGUCGAGGGGAUCUUCCUGGAGACGCUCGAACCUUACAUCCUUGACGGGAGCAUCACGAUCGCGCCACCCGCAGUGGUCAGGGACAUGGUAGCGUACUACGUGUCCAACGGGUGGGAGACGCGGCUGGAGGAGAUCAUCUGCCACAUGGAGACGACGACGCUGGACCUGGACCAGACGACCCUCCUGUGCAAGCAGCACGGCCUCUACGACGCCCUCAUUUACGUGUGGAACCACGCCAUCGGAGACUACGUCACGCCCAUGAUUGACCUGCUCAGCCUGCUCAUCCCGUUCGUCACCGACGGCAACGAGGCGAUCGAUAUCGGGGAGGACCACUUCGGCGUCCACGCCCUCAAGGUCUUCCCCUACCUGUCCUACGUCCUGACCAGUCGGAUAUACCCCAAUGGCGAGCCCAUGGACGAGGACGCGGCCACCAAGGCCAAGGCCGAGAUCUACUGGUUCCUGUUCUCGGGCAAGACGAUUGCCUGGCCCAAGGAGGGUGGGCGCGAAUUCCUCACCCUGUCGGCCGAGGAGUCCCAGCCAUCGUUCCCGUACCUGAGGCUGAUACUCCGCUUCGAUGCCCCCAGCCUGCUGAGCACCCUGAACGAGGCCUUCGAGGACUCGUUCCUCAACGACUCACCCGACAAGCAGAUCAACGGCGGCAGCAGCCGCGUGGACAUGCCCGAGGAGCAGAUCUUUGGCCAGACCAUCAACCGCCAGUACAUUGUGUCCAUCCUCCUGGACGUCAUGAACCACGACGACUUCGCCCCCGAGGACACAAUCUACCUCGACAUGUUCAUCGCGCGCAACCUGCCCAAGUUCCCCCAGUACCUCCUCUUCUCCGGAUCCACGCUCUCCCAGGUCCUGACCGGGCUCUGCAACUUCCCUGGCCGCGACCUCGCCGAGGACGCCCAGCUGAGCGCCGAGUACCUCUUGUCCGUCUACCAUCCAUCUGACAUGGAGACGUUGAUACCUCUGUUCAAGAAGGCUGGCUUCUACCGCAUCCUCAAGCGCGUCUACAAGGUCGACAAGCAGUACGGGAAGCUGGUCGAGACUUACUUCGAAGACCCGGAGGACCAGGAGCUCGUGUUCGACUGCAUCGCCGACUGUCUCCGCCGGCAGAGCGGGCUCAACAAGCGCCAGGUAGACGACGUGCUGGGUGCUGUGCAGCGCCACGGGCGGGAUCUGCUGGAGCUCGACCCCGAGCAGGCGGCCCAGACACUCCACGAGCAGGCGACUGACCUUCACAUGCACAUUCUGGACUCGGUGGCCGACGACCCGGAGCUGCAGCACGGUUAUCUCAGAAGCCUGCUAGAACCCAGGGAGAACCACGCGAGGGCGGGGGACGGGAAGGCCGCCGACCGGGGCCUCGUGGAGCGAUACGUACAGCUCAUGUGCUCCUACGAGCCGGCUCACGUGUCCGACUAUAUAGGCACGGUGCAGUCAAUCAACCUUCGCCUGGACAGGCUCCUGCCCACCAUGGAGGAGACGGGCGUUAUCAACGCCGCCGUCGUGCUCAUGGCCCAGGACGGGCAGGUCAGGGAGGCCCUGGAUCGCCUGGUAGAGCAUCUGGGCAGUCUCGAGUCAGCUCUGCAGGGCCUCCUGCGCAGCGCGAAUACGGCAGACGAUGCAUCUUCCGUCGACCUCGAUGUGACGACGGUCGAGGAGCUUCUUCUCGACCUGCAGAAGUACGUCUACGUCGGCAUCUGGCUAUGCCAGGGACAGACCAAGUCGUCCUCCUCGACGAGGAAGUCGCACGUGGUUCAGAAGAACAAGGCCAAUGGGGAGGGAGCCGCGACUGCUGUCGGGGCUCUCUCCAUAGACGAGGCCCUAUGGCUAAACCUCGUCAACGCCUGUGUCCAGGUCACCCGUCGGCUGUCGGGUCCCAUCCACGCGCUCGCCGAGCCCGGACACGACGGUUUCGACGGCGAGAAGAUGCUCGCCCUCCUGCGAUCUCUCGUACAACACACAUUCACGGCACUCCUGACAGCGACGUCGUCAUCGUCGAGCGGCCAAGCCAACGGCGGCGGUGGCGGCGGCGGUGGCGGACGCGGCAAAGUCCUGUCCAACGUGGGGUCGAACCUCUCGUUCCUGCGCAUACUACGCGCCUUCCUCACCCAGGCAGCCGCCGAGUCGCCCAACCUGGCCGACCUGCGCGGGGUCCUGACGUCCAUCUUCGCCGCGUACGCGUACGAGGAGUCCAUCCUGCGCCUGUCGAAUCGCCUGCUCGACCGGAGCCUGUACGUCAACGUUAACCAGGCUGUCAACCUGCGCCAGCGAGGGUGGCGGCCGCGCGGGUCGACGUGCGAGGCCUGCGGUCGUCGGGUAUGGGGUCCAGGAGUGCCCGGCCGUGCGGUCUUCGAGGCGUGGGAGGAGAGGCAGGCCCUUGACGAGGAGGUGCAGAAGGAGCGGAAGGCUCGGGUCAGGGAACGCGCCAUAGCGAGCGGUAGGGCGGCCGAUGGCAAGGGCAAGGGCAAGAGUCUCGACACACGGCCGCCGGGCAUGUUGGUAGGACCCGCUGCCGCUGCCGCUGCCGCUUCUGCCGCCGACCCCGAUGCCGACGACGGCACUGCCGCCGCUGUCGCUGCCGUUGCUGCGCAGAAUAAUCCGCCCCUCGAGCCUCUGGUCGUGCUGGCCUGUCGGCACAUUUACCACAGGAGCUGUCUGGAUGUGGUGCAGGAGAAGCAGAACCACGAUCAUCACGUUGGGAGUGAUAGGGACGCCCGAAUCGGCCAAAAGAGACGAAGAAAGCUCUGGAGUUAUUCUUUCGGGAGGAAGACGACAAAUAGGAGGAGCGGCCAGACACGUAUACAUGCCAGAAUGCCGCCGUCAUCGGGCGAAGAAGAAGACGACGAGGACCCGUGCAUGUCUUCAGACAGAGAGUCGUCAUCCGGGUCGUCGUCCGGCCAAGAGUCGCCGCCGCAGCCGCCGUCGCAAAACUUAUUCGCGCCCCCAUUCUACGGACGGCCGCCUACGCCGCUGCCACCCUCUCCGUCUCUCACGUCCCUCCUGCGACCGUCGCGGCCCACGACGCCGGACGAGUCCGACGACGACCACGACAACAACAUCAACAUAAGCAACAGCAACAGAAGCAACAGAAGCAACAUCGCGGUAGAGCCGGUGAGGCGGGCGGCUGCGCCCCGGGUCCCGACGUACGAGUAUUACGGCUUCGUGCUGUACCUCUUCAGCAGCCUGGCCUUCCUGGUGUACCUCCUGUGGAGCUACCUGCCGUCGCCGUUCCUGCACGCCCUGGGCAUCUACUACUACCCGAACCGGUGGUGGGCGCUGGCGGUCCCGGCCUUCCUGGUCAUGACGCUCGUAUACAUCUACGUGGCUCUGGCGGCCUACAACACCGAGAUGCUCACCGUCCCGCUGACCAGCCCCGAGACCAUCGUCGACGGCGCGGGCACCACGGCCGUCAUCGACUCCAAGGGCCGGCUCAAGGCCGGCGGGGCCGCCGCCAGGGAAAAGGCCAAGUCCGGACUGCCCAAGUGCGAUAGGGACGGGAGGCUGCGCUGGAGGGAAAUCUGGAACGAGGGGACCGACGCCGUCAUGGACAUCCCCCUCGGCGGCGUGUGCGAGGUUCUGUACGGCGAGGGUAGGGAGGACUGCGGGUACGAGGACAUGACGUGA